GUGACGGUGUUCUUCCUUCUGCCACUGGGGUUUCUUCUGCUUAUCGUGUUGAUGCUUGUUUAGUGCUUGAUUUGUUGCUUGCGUUUUAUCAAACAAUACAAUCGCACCAUUUGUGAGAAGUUUUAACCCUGAGGUACAAGAAUUUUACCAAAUACAAUAUUUUUCUUGGUCUUAUUCAUCGAUCCCUGAUCGUACUAAAGAUGUCCCGAAGAGGUUAUAAGAUGUCAAUCACUCAGACAUUAAAAAAAUAUUGCUGACAUCCAGUGAAAGUUGACAAGUAGUGAUGACAGUGCAAACUCUCCUCUUUCGGUGAUGUCUGUUUUGCAAGAAUAACUUACAGUGAACUGUCUGUAAAUUUUAAUAGACAUGGGCAAUGAAGGAAGUAUGUUACCAGGUUUGGAUAUAGAUUCCAAACCUGUUGAGAACACAGAGGAAUGGACUCUCCAUUCUGCCACAUCCUCUAGUAGUGCAUCUCCAAACUUGUCAGUAUUUUGUGGCCGUCAAACUAACCAUGUGAAUAAUAAUUCACUGGAGCAUGCAAUCAAAAAUUUCAGAAUAUAUCGUCACCCUAAUAUUUUAAAAUAUAUUUCAUCCUGGUCACAUCAAGGGCAACUGUGCAUGGCCACAGAAAGUGUGAGCCCUUUAACUACAGUUUUAGAAAAUCAAACAGUAUUUGAAAUUUGUCUUGGUCUCCAUGAUAUUUUAAAAGCAGUAAUUUUUCUUCAUGAGAAGGCAUUUUGCUCUCAUAAUAAUGUGUGUUGUGCCUCCAUAUAUGUGACUUUUGAUGGUUCCUGGAAGCUUGGAGGAUUAGAAUUCUUAUCAAGAUUUUCAGAGCUUACUCCUGACUAUCUUCAAAAGGCAAGAGCAAGGCGCUAUGAAAAAGCUGUGCCUCCAGAGGAAGAUGCAGGAAAAGCUAUAGACCCAAAAGCAAUUGAUUCAUUUGCUUUUGGUAUUUUAGUUGAAGAUGUAUUCUGUAGGAUACCAGAGGAUAUUCAGAUACCUGGCAUCAAAGAAUUCAGAGAAAUAGCUAAAAAACAAUUGCAAAGUUUAGAGCCUUCUUUAAGGCCCAAACUAUCACAACUUUUAGUUCAACCAAUUUUUAACCAUAGAUUUGUAGUGAUUCAUGAUUUUUUAUCUGAGCUUCCCCUUAAAUCAGAUGAUGAAAAAUCUUCAUUUUUCAGGGGCCUGGCUGAUCAACUAAGAGAAUUCCCAGAAAUACUUUUAGCAAGCCAAUUGAGUGCGUUACUUUUGAGUCGAUUGGUUCUUCUUGACAAAACAGCUCAAGAGCAUCUUCUCCCAUUGGUUUUGCAGCCACAGAAUGGUACUCACGUUGAGGGCAAUCUUCCAUUAUUCAGUAUGAAUACUUUUCAACAGCACAUUGUGCCGAGGCUUCUCCACAUUUUUUCUGUGAGAGAUGCUCAAGUGCGCUUAUUACUAUUGGAACAUUUUGAGCAUUACUGUUGUGCUUUCACUAAAGAUCAGCUUCGUGUCAAAGUCUUGCCUGAGCUCUUGGUGGGAAUCAAGGACACAAGUGACACUAUUGUUGCCAGCACUCUGAGAGCUCUUGCCAUACUCGUUCCUAUUCUUGGUUCUACAACUGUAAUUGGAGGAAAGAGAGCAAGACUUUUCACUGAUGGACGACCAAAUAUUAGUGGAAUUCUUCCAAAAUCAUCUACUAUAACCACUUUAAAGGAUGAGGAAAGGCCGCUUAUCAAGGAGAAAACAACAAUUAACAAUAUGGCCCAAGAAGUUGCUUUGCCGUUGUCAUUAAUAGAAUUGCCUGAAAGACCAUCACCAGAUGGAGGGGAAGACCUAGCACUGACAGCACAGCUUGAUGAAGAAACAGACAAUUGGUCUGAUUGGGAUGUUAAUGAGUCACAGGCGUCUACCGGCAUAGAUGAGUCAAAUGAAAUGACAGUGCAUGGAUCAUUGGAGUCUGAAGUGAAUCUUGCAGAGUCCAUCAGUGCACCACUUUCUUUAUCUCAAACUUCUGCUGUUAUAACAGCUUCAAGAAACCGCCUUCCCGAUUUAACAUCUCUAGAUAUCAAAAAUUCUAUUGUUGCUCCUAGAAAGCAAAGUGUUCCAGAGGAGAUAGACUUCUUCCAAGACAUGGAACCAGUAAUAUCUAAACCAAAACUGUUACAGUUGGAUAAUUUAGAGAGUCAGGCAGAUACAACCAAUACCAAUGCAAACCUUCGUUGCUUUGAUGUGGACAUCACUGCCAAUGGAUUAACAGAUGGUGAAGCGUGGGGUGAUAAUGAAGAUUGGGGUGACAUAAGUGAUACAGACGUAUUGAUCAGUUGAAUUUGAAUCAGUUCAAUUGUAAAAUUACAGUACACCAUAAAGGUUGUUGUUAUCAUUCCGUUAAAAUAAUUUUAAUAAAAAUAUAAUUUGUUACAAAAACA